AUGUCCUCUAAAAUAAAGGCGUUGGACGUAUCAGUGGUCAAUAAAAUUGCCGCUGGUGAAAUUAUAAUAUCGCCCGUGAAUGCCCUUAAAGAGAUGAUGGAGAACUCCAUCGAUGCGAACGCGACGAUGAUCGAUAUUCUAGUCAAGGAGGGGGGAAUCAAGGUUCUUCAAAUCACCGAUAAUGGCUCCGGCAUUAGCAAAGCUGAUUUGCCAAUUCUAUGUGAGCGAUUUACGACGUCCAAACUACAGAAAUUCGAAGAUUUAAGUCAGAUUCAAACCUACGGAUUCAGAGGGGAGGCUUUGGCCAGUAUCUCUCAUGUAGCAAGAGUAACAGUAACAACUAAAGUCAAAGAAGAUAAAUGUGCAUGGAGGGUUUCAUAUGCUGAGGGAAAGAUGUUGGAAAGCCCUAAGCCUGUCGCGGGCAAAGACGGUACCAUCAUCCUAGUGGAAGACCUAUUUUUUAAUAUUCCCUCAAGAUUAAGGGCUUUGAAAUCUCAAAAUGAUGAAUACUCUAAAAUACUAGAUGUUGUUGGACGGUAUUCUAUUCAUUCCAAGAGUAUUGGGUUCUCUUGUAAAAAGUUUGGAGACUCCAAUUAUUCUUUAGCAGUUAAACCUUCUUACUCCGUCCAGGACAGAAUUAGAACUGUGUUUAGUAAUUCUGUGGCUUCUAAUAUAAUUUCUUUGCAUAUUGACAAGAUUGAAGAGCUAAAUCUGGAGUGUGUCGAUGGAAGAGUCUGUAAUUUGAACUUCAUAUCCAAAAAAUCCAUUUCUCCAAUCUUCUUCAUUAAUAAUAGAUUAGUGACGUGCGACCCUUUGAGGAGAGCACUUAACAGCGUUUAUUCCAAUUAUCUUCCAAAAGGUAAUAGGCCUUUCAUUUAUCUGGGGAUUCUUAUAGAUCCGGCCUCUGUGGACGUCAACGUUCAUCCAACAAAGAGGGAAGUCCGUUUUUUGAGCCAAGAUGAGAUAGUAGAGAAGAUCGCCAAUCAGCUACAUGCCGAAUUAUCAACCAUAGAUACCUCACGUACAUUCAAAGCAUCGUCAAUUUCAACAAGCCAAUCAGGAUCAUUAUUAUUAUCAGGUAGUAACAUCGGAAAUGAGGAGAAGAGGAAGGCCCUCCGACAAGCCCAAGUGGUGGAAAAUUCGUACCCUACAACUAAUAACCAACUAGCAGGUGUGAAAAGACAGGAAAAUAAGCUAGUUAGAACAGAUUCUUCACAAGCGAAAAUAACGUCCUUUUUAUCAUCAAGUCAACAGUUCAACUUCAAUGAGUCGUCCAUGAAGCGGCAAGUAAACCAGCCUGAAGCAAAAACUAAUAGCCACCAACUUCAAGAUAGAGAAGAGGAAAGUUUAGCUGAAAACGAACAACUGCAUGAUAGUUCUUCAAACAGUGAUAAUAAACUGAAAGAAUUGCGUUGGAAGAAACAAAAGUUAGACACUGAUAGUACUCCAAACAUCGACAGUGAAAAGUAUACGCCUCCAGUUUCAAAAAACGGGUAUAUGACAGUUCCCAAAGAGCGUGUCAAUGUAAACCUUACGAGUAUUAAAAAAAUGCGCGAAAAGGUAGACGAUUCAAUACAUCGAGAACUAACGGAAAUUUUCGCAAAUUUAAACUAUGUAGGAGUUAUUGAUGAGGAAAGAAGAUUAGCCGCAAUCCAGCAUGAUUUGAAGCUCUUUUUAGUAGAUUACGGAUCUGUGUGCUAUGAACUAUUCUAUCAAAUCGGUUUGACAGACUUCGCAAACUUCGGUAAGAUCAAUUUACAGAGCGUAGAUGUCUCAGAUGACAUAGUCUUAUAUAAGCUCUUAUCAGAAUUCGAGGAGUUGAGUGACGAUGUCUCAAAAGAAAAAGUUAUCGGUAAAAUAUGGGACAUGAGUAGCAUGCUAAAUGAGUACUAUUCCAUAGAAUUAGUAAACGAUAGUCCAGAUGGUAAUUUAAAAUAUGUCAAGUUGAAAACGUUGCCUUUACUUUUAAAAGGUUACAUUCCAUCCAUGGCUAAGUUGCCAUUUUUUAUGUAUCGCUUGGGUAGAGAAGUGAGUUGGGAAGAUGAACAAGAAUGCCUGGAUGGAAUUUUGAAAGAGAUUGCAUUGCUAUAUGUGCCGGAUAUGGUUCCUAAAGUAGAUGCGUCUAAAGUAUCGCUGUCUGAAAGUGAAAAGGCCCAGCUCAUAGAUAAAAAGGAGAAUAUAUCUUCACUACUAGAAAAUAUCCUCUUUCCUUGUAUAAAAAGAAGGUUUCUGGCACCUAGACACAUCCUCAAAGACGUCGUCGAAAUAGCUAACCUUCCUGGCUUAUACAAAGUUUUUGAAAGGUGUUGA